CGUUAUGAACCCGGAAGCGCUUUGCUUUCGGUCUGUGGUGUCGGAAUGGAGCUGGAGGAAGGCUCGGGGCAGUGGGGGCCGUUAGACGGAGAUACCGGCACGGCCAGCAGGGGGAGCCCCGGAGACAGCGGCCAUGUAUCGCAGAGUCACAGCGUCUGCAGCGGCGCCUCGGCCGGGCUCCUGACAGAAGAUGAGGAGGAGCCGGGGAGGCAAUGCACUCCUCCCGCCCUACUGGACCACCUCCUGCCGGCUGCGGCUUCCAGCUACACCGGCUACGUGCUCCAGGGAGAGCAAACGGCCGAGAUUGAAACUUUGGAAAAAUGUUUGGAAGACCUGCUAAUCCGAGUCGACGAGUUUGUUGGGAUGUUGGAUAUGAUUAGAAAUGACACAUCUCAAGUGAUGAAUGAAAAAGUGCCUCAAAUUUAUGCCAAAGCCACAGAAAUGAGAGCAUUGUAUCAUAAAAUCGAUAUGCUUGAGGCCUUUGUCAGAAAGGUGGGAGGUAACGUUGCUGUGAUGGAAGAUCAGGUUACUCAUGCAGAAACACAGCUUGGAACAUUUCCUAAUCCAUUCAAGAAAAUAUUCAAGAACAUCAGCACGUCUCCUCUAUUUUCCCCAACUAAACCAUCAUCCUCUCCAAGAGCACAACAAGCGAGAUAUGAGUCACCACCAGUAUUCAAGACUGAGGACCACUUCCCAUGCAGCAGCUGACCAUACUGUUCUAAUGUUCUGUAAACCGAUCUAUAGUCUACAAAAUGAACACCACCUGGAUCCCAAAAUUUGAAAUUUGCACUUUAAUAUUGCGGGAUAUCCUUGUUUAGACACUACUGAGGUAUAAGUCUUCCUGCAGGCCUUAUGGAAGAAUGCCUGCCAUAUAUGCAAAUAUUUACUAUACAGUGUUUGGUUUUGAAUGGCAAUAAUGUUUCCUACAUCUGACAGGUUUUUUUUGCAGAUGAUGUGAGGCAGAUUGAUAUGGUUCUAUUGCAUUGUUUAUAUUAAAUGCAAAAUUAUAUCAUUUUGAUAAUGAGUAGUUCCACGUUUUUUGCUCUGUGUAUUUACCUGAGAUAAUUGUAACUGCGUUUUUCUAAAAUUAUUCUUUAUGUUUACAAGAAGUCAAUAAAGCAUAUUGUACUAUUAAACCAUGACUGUGACACCGUGAUGAAAGGUGACAGAACCUACUCUCUGCCACUAUUCUGGUCACUCUCUCUGACUAAUGCAGUGAUGAUCCACAUCAGUGCUGGUAGGUUGUCUCUUUCUGAGAGCCAUUGAUUUGAUUAUGUGAACAGUGAUAUAACGGUCAUAAUAAUAUUACUCCACCACAGUUGUGGGUGUUAAUAAAAAUAUAAUUGGA